CUUGAAGUUUAGGGUUUUGGGGAGCGAUGGCGGACACCGUCAAUGCCUACCUCGAGCGCAUGCUCCCGGAGCUCGAGGAUCUAGAGAAAUGGGGCCUCUUUACGCGCUCGGAGAUCAAGGAGGUCGUGCGCCGGCGGAGGGAAUUCGAGUAUCAGCUCAAGCGGCCGUCGAGGAUCCGGGACGAUUUCUUGCGGUAUGUGGAUUACGAGACGAAGCUGGAAUCGCUGCGACGGCUGCGAAAGAAGGUCGUGGUUAGGGAUUUGAAUGCCGCCGGGAAGAGAUGGAGCGGGCAUAUGUCCGAUGGGGCAAGCGCGAUCAGGAUUAUCAGCAUUUACAAGCGCGCAGUGGCGAGAUUUGGUAGCGACAUGAGCUUGUGGCUGAAAUUCUUGGAGUAUUGCAGGAAACAUUCUCCCAAGCAAAUGCGUCGGGUGCUGGCAAGAGCUCUCCAGCUUCAUCCCAAUAUCCCAGGAUUGUGGAUGUAUGCCGCGUCCUGGGACUUUGAGCACAAUCUCGACGUCUCUGCUGCUCGAGCGCUCAUGCAAAGAGGACUUAGGAUGUGUCCUCACUCGGAGGAUCUGUGGCUCGAGUACUUCCGCAUGGAACUCUCUUACGCUCAAAAGCUAAAGUCGCGAAUGCUGGUGCUGGGCAUCGAGUCCGAAGAGAUCGACGCUGGAAAGGAGCAACGAGAGAGUGAUUUGAGCGUGAAGCUGGCGUGGGUGAUAUUUAAGAACGCCAUUGUUGCGGUUUCAUCCAGUGCAAGGUUUCGGCAAAGGUUCGUCGAAGUUCUUGACCGGUUUGCGCUGGUGAAGUCGACUAUCGCAAACGAGAUCUACGCAAGUAUGACGAGGGACUUCUCGAAGGACGAGAAUUGCUGGGACUGGAAAGGAAAGUAUAAAUUCCAGACAACAAGCUCUUGGAAGGAUGCUGUGAAGGUUUAUGAAGAAGCAGUGGGUGUUGUUUCGUCGGCUCGGAUGUAUGAGCUGUAUGCAAAGUUUCUCGAGGGAUUGCUGGAUUCUGGGGACGAGCGAGUUCCUGAGUCCCUUCUUGAGCUCUAUGACCGUGGUGAAGAAGUUUGUGCGAGCAUAAACUUUUUGGAAGGUCACGUUCGCUUGUUGACGAGAAAUGGCUUCCUAGACAGGGCAAGGGCCCUUACUGAGCAAUUCUGCAACGGUCCAUUACGUUCAAGCUCCAGGCUAUGGGUGUUGAGGCUUACGUUGGAGAUUCAACACGGCGGUUUACAGAUGGCUGACAUUUCUAAGCUGUUUUUGAAAGCCUUGCAGUUCGUCCAGGCCUCAGAGGGAAAGGACAUCUGGAAAAUGGCUUUGGAGUAUUUUUCCGGAAUGGACACUUACCUUGACAUAAUACUACGGCAUCUGGAAACUGCUCUCGGGGUCAAAGGUGGCGGCCAGGAACUUGGUGCUGUCGCUUGGUCUGCAGUAAGCUGGUUCUUACAUUUCGACGGUGUUGAAAAGGCUCGGCAGCUCUACAAUAGAUUUUUGGUGCUACCAGGUCCAAGUCUUUAUUUAUUCAAGCGAUGCAUUGGCCUCGAGGCUGAUAGAGGAGCACUUGGUGAUCAAGAAGCAGUAAAAUGCAUGCGGAGGCUUUUCGACGCUGCGCUUGAAAUAUAUGGUAGAGAAGAUGUUGGCAUUUGGUUGGAUUACUGUGCUUUGGAAAAGAAGGUUGGAAAUGCUUCUAAUGCAAGUACCGUGUACUUCCGAGCGAAAAAGACAUUAAGUGACCCGUCUUUGUUUAUACAAAGACACCAGCUUUUGUUUGCAUGACUCGUGAGAUGCAAGCAAACAAAGGUGAGAAACCAAAUCUGGAGCUGUUUUGCAGAAGCUCUUAUGGCUGAGCUAGACUAGACUGCAAACAUCUAACAAGAGUAAUACAAGAGUGGCGGAUUUAGCCGGUAAACUCCUUCCGAAGUUGGGAUAUUGUCUGCUCGUUUAGUUUGAAGGAUUUUUUCAGAACUUCGUCGGAGAUACCUGAGCCGAAAAGCGUAGAACCCAGCCGCUCAGCACCAGGAUUCUGGCUGUUAAACACAGCCAGGAAUCGAGCCGGGUGCGCAUCGUCCAAGUUAAUCUGAAAAUGGACAAGGCCUCUGGGAAAGACGAAGACGUUCCCCUUUUCGAGUGUUCUCGAGAAGAGGUUAUUGCUGGACACAAAUCCCGCCUGAACCUUACCUUCGAGAAGGAAGAAAACUUCGGUUGAGCGUGGAUGGACGUGUGGGGAAUUUACAGCUCCAGGUCCCAUUUCACCCCGGGCGAGACUUAUCCCGGCGGUGUUGAGGCCUGGAAACUGUUCGACGUUGAGGAGGGUGACAACGAACACGUCAGGAGUAGUGACGGGCUGGACAGAACUUAGAAGACGCGAGAUGAAGUCUUCCUCGGACACCGUUUGCUUACAAGCGAAGCCAUUCAUGGAGACCGUGGAGUUGAGAUCUGCAACACACAGGUUUUGAAGAGGAUCCGGGUCACUGGCCAGGACGGAUGCGAACAACAGAGAGCAAGCAACAAGCAGGAGAGAAGUAGCCACACGGUCCAUGCUGCUGCAAAGAUCUAGAUCAGGUCCCUUUUAUUUCCAAGGUGAAUGACUAGUUCCAACCUGGAAGACUAGUUCCAACGUGAAAGACUAGUUCCAACGUGGGAUGCGGAGCCGGCACUUCAUUUCAACUUUGCUCCAGUAAUCUUUGUCAGGUACUUGUGCUGACAAAAUUUUAGUUCUUGUAGGCACAAGUCGCUAUCCGUGCAACGCUCGAAUUCUUGUUGGGGGUAUGGGAUUCUGAUCACCAGCUUUGAAGCAGUAGGGAUUCCAAAGCUGCAAGGAAAACAAAAAAAAAAAUUUAGUUCAGUUGGUGAAUUGAUGGUUGACUUCGUCCAUGAAGGUUGGCGGCACGGUUUCUCUCAAACUCUUGGCACUAGGAUUGACAGCGUCAGCGCCAAGCUAGUCCAGCCGUCUCAAGGCGGCGGAAAGUCUUGGGGCCUACUUCAUUCUUCGCGCGGAGAAGCUUCGCUGCGCAUCAGCGAGCCGCCGCCGAAACUAUCAGAGAUCCCGCGUAUGUUAGAAGUCGUCGAGGACGCAAAUUCAAAAGCGCGUGUUUUUCUCACAAAAUAUACACGCUGACAGCUUUGACCGAAAAGAAGAUAUUGAAUGGUAGAGUCCACAGCGAUGGUGAGGAUCUCUACUUUAUCUGUUCUAACACAAGCUUUUCCUUACCAUCAGGGAGUAAAGCUGUGCUUGAGCUCGUUAAUGACGGACUGAUUGAGCCUGAAAGAUGCAGCGAGCACGGCAUCUGGGAUCCCAGAACCAAACAGAGUAAUCUCCAAGCGCUCCACUCCUGGAUUCUGGCUGUUAAACGUGGCGAAAAUUGUUGCAGGAGUGGCUCCAACAUUCCACUGGAAGUGGACGAGGCCUCGAGGGACAACAAAGAGAUCGCCCUUCUGGAGCGUCUUGAGGAAGAGCUUGUUGGUGGUGUCCACAAAGCCGGCCUGGACGGUUCCCUCCAUGAUGUAGAUGAGCUCGGUGGCUCGCGGAUGGACGUGGGGUGUGUUUACUCCUCCGGGGCCGAGAUCUACACGAUUCACAGACAAACCCUGGGUGUUGAGAGCUGGAAGCUGCGGUACUGUGACUCGGGAUGCCACAAAUCCUCCUGGAGUACUCACUGGCUGGACGUUGCGAAGAACAGUGGAGGUAAAGUUGUCCUCGCGCGCUGAUGCUGUUGUCAAGCAGGCUGCUCCAUUGACACUGGUGGAGGAAUCCAGGUCGGCGACACAGAAAUCUUGCACAGGAUCGGGGUCGGCUGCUAAGAUUGCUGUGGCAGCGAGCAAGGAAAGAACAAGCGAGAGCAGCGCCAUGUCCAGGUUUUUCUUUGUUCUUUUUCUCGAGACACUGAUUAUUUAUAAGGAUUGAGUACGAGACGGAAGCGCGUUUCUAGAAAUUUUGAGAUUCAAAGUCUCGUGUUUUACAUGAUGCAAA